AUGGAGGGACACUCACCCAAGCCAUGGGAUGUUUUUAUUGAGGGAUCGAAAACUAUGAUCAUUCCUCAGUCUGCUCUGAACGGAGAUGCCAAAAAAGAGGACAUUGCUUACUUGGUUGUUGCGAUGUUUGUGUUGCCCGAUGAACGGCGAAAGAGGCAUGCUUCUCGGUUGCUGGAAACUCUGAUCCAGACUGUUCGGGAAGAUGCUAGUGCUCGUGAGGUAUCCAAGGCGAGCAUAACAAUUCAGGUUGAACCUGAUAAUGGUGCUGCGCAGGGACUGUAUGAAAAGUUGGGGUUUGAGGUGUGGGAUAAGGCGCUUCCGCUGGAAAAUAAGCGUGGAGAGACAAAUCACGUGGUCUCAUUGGUGAUGGAGAUUGAUCUGGCCUACGCCUCCUCGUGCCCACAAGCGGAGAAAUUUGCGGUAACCUUUUUCUUCUCUCUCAAGACACUUGCGCUGAGCCACACCUUAAGUAUUCUUUUUGGAAGACUGUCGCCAUCAUGUCCAAGAUCACAGUCGCCGGAGUGCGCGAGAAUGUCCAGUCUCUGCUCGACUACUCGCUCAACGAGAAGAAGCGUAACUUCCUCCGAGACCGUUGAGCUUCAGAUCGGCCUGAAGAACUACGACCCCCAGCGUGACAAGCGUUUCUCUGGUACCAUCAAGCUGCCCGUUGUUCCCCGUCCCAACAUGGCCAUCUGUGUUAUUGGUGACCAGCACGAUCUCGACCGUGCUAAGCACCACGGUAUUGAUGCUAUGUCCACCGACGACUUGAAGAAGCUCAACAAGAACAAGAAGCUCAUCAAGAAGCUUGCUCGCAAGUACGAUGCCUUCCUUGCUUCCGAGGCUCUGAUCAAGCAGAUUCCCCGUCUGCUCGGUCCCGGUCUGUCCAAGGCCGGCAAGUUCCCCACCCCCAUCUCCCACAACGAGGACAUGGCCAACAAGGUCAACGACGUCAAGUCCACCAUCAAGUUCCAGCUUAAGAAGGUUCUGUGUCUCGGUGUUGCCGUCGGCAACGUUGGUAUGGGCACCGAGGAGCUCGUUGGUAACCUCAUGUUGUCCAUCAACUACCUUGUCUCCCUCCUCAAGAAGGGCUGGCAGAACGUUGGAAGCCUUGUCAUCAAGGCUUCCAUGUCUCCCCCCAAGCGCAUCUACUAG